AUUUCCUUUGUCUCACCACGUUUAGCCCUGGCGAGUCUUUCUCUCUUAGCAUUCCCUCGCUGUCUAAGUCGAUUUUAAACGCUCAAACUUCCUCGCUGCCACUCAUCAGUGAAAGGCGGCAGCUCCUUUUUUUCAUCCCCUCCCAAGGGUUUUUUUUUCCUUCCAUCCCAAACAUGAGCGAACAGGCCCAAACAGAGCUGUCAUGCGGGGAGCGCGGCAGGGGGGGCGCCUGGUACCCCCUGAGACAAUGGUGGCCGUCCAGCCGGCUCCCCAAUCAGGACGUUGGCCUGCCGCCCUUCCUGGAGCCGGCGGAGCCGCGGUGGAUGAGCGUGGACUGGCUCCAGAGGAGCUUGGCAGCCGCCGCUUGGCCGGCGUACGCGGCCGCCCCGCUGUUCGUGCCCCACAUCUCCGGGCCCGCGCGCCGUCCCGGCCAGCUCGCUGAGGAGCCGUGCAAGUGGAGGGUCGGCCUGGACGUGGCCCACUUCUCCCCCUCGGAGAUCUCGCUCAGCGUCAGGGGCGGAUUCCUGCAGGUCGGAGGGAGGCACGACGAGCGGCGGGACGAGCACGGAUUCAUUGCCAGAUGUUUCACGCGGAAGUACAGGCUGCCAGCGGAAAUGGACGCCACCAAAAUCACGGCCACGCUCUCCGCUGACGGCAUCCUGACGGUGGAAGCUCCGGUUCCUGAAACCUCUCUUCCCGCUGCCAGCGUCAUUACCAUAAAGGUGGAGAUGGAAGCGACCGGAGAACCGGAAGAAGAAGGCGAGAAAGAAGAGGGCCCCGAAAAGGACGAAGACAAUUGCAGAGCACCAGAGGCCCCCGAGUUUCUCCCCGCAGAGGAUCAUGGGGCGGAGGAGGAGUCUCCAGCCGAGGUCCGUGGUGAUCAGCAGGCCCACCCUGGCAGCGCCACGGCCGGGCUUCUUCAGCAGCAUGAAGAGAGGAGGGAGCAGGAGGAGCAGGAGGAGGAGCAGGAGGCCCGUGGACAGCCAGCGGAGGAGGCCGCCCCCCCGGCGCCCGCAGAUGCCAAAGGCGCGGAGAGCGUUGGAGUUCCCUCUGAGCAGCGCGAAGCCCCGGGAGGCCAAGAAAGCCCGGACACGGACACGUCCGGGGAGCCGGAACACAAAGAACCAGCUGUGGGCGGCGAGAUCCAGGUGAUGGCAGGCUCAGUGGAGGCUGCCGAGGAGAUCCCCCCGCCCGAGGAGCCGGAGCUGGGCAACAGUCCACCGAGCGAGGGCCCGAGCCAGGAGCCGGGGGCUCCCGACAUGAAACAGGAAGACGCCGAGUAGACACAAACACAGCGGCGCUAACGUGUAACACACAAUAUGCCCAGACCGCCUGCAUAGCUUGCCUCGCAUCAGGUCCUUUAGUCAAUAGAUGAUAACAGCCAAAUAACUCAUCUUUGGAGCUCCAAUAAAGCAAAAGCAUGUGAAAACAA